CCGCACUAUUUUUUUGACUAAAACUAAUUGUGUAAAGAUUUGUUUUAAACGUUCGCAUAAAUGAUCUGUUGGAUUUUAUGGUGAAAACAAAUAGAAAGCCGAACAUUGAAAGUUUUGUUUUAAAUGCGUAUAUAUAAUAAUAUAUAAACAAAAUGACAACACCGGAGAUAAAAUAUGUGACGGAGGUGCCAAACAGUUUAAAACAAUUAGCACGGCUCGUUGCUCGACGAUUCUAUUCAAUAGAUGAUUCACUUAUAAUUGAUAUGUUAGUUCGAAAUGUUUGUAUGAAGGAAGACGAUUUAGUCGAGUUAUUACGUUUUGAUAAAAAGCAAUUACGUUCUCGAAUACUUAUCUUGCGAAAUGACAAGUUCAUACAAAUGCGUUUAAAGAUGGAAACCGGCCCAGAUGGAAAAGCUCAAAAAGUAAAUUAUUACUUCGUAAAUUAUAAAAGUUUUGUCAAUGUUGUAAAAUAUAAACUGGAUAUUAUGCGUAGACGUAUGGAAAAGGAGGAGCGUGACGCAACAAGUAGAGCUAAUUUCAAAUGCAUAACUUGCUAUAAAACUUUUACCGAUCUGGAAGCAGAUAAACUAUUUGACAUGGUAUCUCUAGAAUUUCGCUGCACACAUUGUGGGGACGCUGUAGAAGAGGACAGCUCAGCCAUGCUAAAAAUCGACUCAAAACUAAUGUUAGCAAGAUUUAACGAUCAACUAAAGCCAAUGUACGAAUUACUUCGAACAGUAGAGGGUAUAACAUUGGCUCCAGAAAUUCUGGAGCCAGAACCUGUGGAUAUAAAUAUAAUACGAGGUGUUAUGAAAUUUCAGCAAAUGGAUAUUCGGCAAUGGUCUGGUGAAGCUACUCGUAAUCAAGGGUUUUCUGUUGAAGAAAAAAUUUGUAUAAAUCUAAAAGAAGAGUGGGUUGAAACUACUUCUGAAAAAAAAUCUCGACCAAUUUGGAUGACAGAAAGUACAAUUGUACAGAAAAGUACAAAUGAUGAUUUGAUUAUUGCUGACGCAGUUAUAAAUGAUUCAUUACAACCACCGGUGCUUCAAACAACAAUAACAUCAAGUGAAAAAUCUUAUAACGGAAAUAAAAAAGAAGUAGAAGAUACUAUGGCUUUGUUACUUUUAUAUGAAAAACAGCGCGAUCAAAAAGAUCAAUUUUCGAAAGAUCUGAAAUUUGGCUCCCCAAAUCAUAAUUCACUUGAUUCCUUUGAUGAUGACAGAGACAUUGAAAACACAGAAAUCCCUGAUAUUGAACAAAACUUUAUUGAUUCUAAUUCCGAAGAUGAUGUGCCCAGUGUUUUAGCUGGUGGCAAAUCGUACCCAAUAGACAAAAUUAAUGAUGAGAUAAUUGCGCAUAUGACAGAGCAGGAAAAAGAACAUUACAUACACGUUUAUCAAGAACAAUUCAGCGAUAUAUAUUAUUAAGGAGUAAAUCUAUUAAUGCAUUUCAAAAGUAUCACGUUAUUUUUAUACGCUGAAGAUAUUACAUAGAUGUCUCUAUGAAUCGCAGCAUACAUUAUGGAAUAGCACUAUCGUAGGUAGGUGACUUAACAAAAAGCCACACUUAUAGGAUAAUAACAUAUCUUAAUUUAGAAUGCUAUUGAAAUAUUCUAUUUAUUACU